AUGAUCACCCAGAAGAACAACAACCGUCAUCGUCGCCGUUCGAACACUAAAGAAGGAGUGGGGCGGAUUCAUCGCGUAGUGGAAAGUCGAACAAUAGUCAAUCGCCCACGUCGCAAAGAUUGGACGGAAAGAAAGAGCUUGAGUCAGGGUGCCAAAGCCGAUGGAGAAAGCAAGAAUAAUCAACGGAAUAAGGAGAAGGACAACAACCCAGCACAUAAGAGAACAAGAAGUACAAACUGUGAGCGAUUACUCCUAUGA